CUUGCCAGAAGCAUUGCGACAGCAUGAGGAUGAGGAGGAAGAGGAGAAGAACGAUCUAGAACAGAAGAAAGCAGGACUUCUUCUAGAAGACAGGAGGUUGUUACAAAUAGCAGAAGGAGAAGCUUCUUCUGGUUUUGAGGCUGUGAAAGGGGCUCUUCGUUUUGGCAGUACAGCACCUUCUGUCGUCGACCAAACACGCCCUCUAGAUCCAGGCUCGGGUGUUGACGACAAGAAAAUCUUAGUGGAUUCGCAGAUUUAUCAUCACGGUCAUCACGGAUAUCAUUUUGGGUAUGACAGGUCUGGCCAUUUCCCAGAUGAUAUGGAGUCCGCCAUUGAGACAGGGGACGAGUCGCAUCUAGUAGCAGCUGACAAGAACAAACAAGACGAUUCUCUGGUUGACAAGAAAAAAGAAGACGUUGUAGUUGACAAGAAAAAAGAAGACGCUGUAGUUGAGAAGGAAAAGGAAGACGUUGUACCAGAAGCGGCGUUGAAGGUCAAGGAUGAUGGAGCAGUUGCUGUCGGAGGCAAGACCGCAUCAGAAGGCGAAGCUGGAGGAGAACCAGAAGGACCCGUAGGAGCAGUCUUUGGAUCAUCCUCACCCCAUGACGUCCCUCAUUUAGAAACAAUAGAAGAUCAUCAUCUCGAGAAUGCUGAAAGUGAGAAGCUCUUGGCGCUGAAGAAAGACACUAGUAGAAAGGUGUCUAAAGAGGAUGUGAAUGCCGUAAACAAGUUCGCAGGACCGACUGCUACAGCAAAAGCCACAGCAAAGGGCGCCUCUGCAAGUACCAAGAGAACUACGGGAAUACACAUUAAAGCCACUACGACUAGCACUACAUCAACAAAUUCUUCAGCGUCUUCUAGAGCACAUGGAGAUGGAAGUGGUAUAGGGCAAGGACGACAAGGAAGCAAGUCAUCUCC